AUGAGUACCGGGACAGCAGUCAGUAUUCAGCCGGUUGACGCGCCACUCACAGCAUCGGCGACCUUCCUGGUCCUCUCCAUCAAGAAUAGUGACGACGAUGCAUUGCAAACUGUCCGCUCAACACUAGCAGACAUUGCCAAUCUCUCAAAGAAUGUCGCCAUCCGCGACCCAAGCGCUGGAUUUGCAUGUACCACAGCUCUCGGUAGCAAUGUCUGGGACCGUCUCACAGGUCUGCCACGACCAAGCGAGCUACAUCCAUUUCGCGAAAUAAAGGGAAAGAAGCAUGUUGCUGUCUCCACGCCCGGCGAUCUCUUAUUUCACAUACGCUCAGAGCGGCAGGACCUGUGUUUCGAGUUCGAAAGACAACUUCUCGACCAGCUCGGCGAUGCUGUCGAAGUGGUGGAUGAGACCAAAGGCUUCCGCUACUUUGAUGUCCGCGACCUUCUUGGGUUUGUGGAUGGCACAGCUAAUCCCGUGGGGCCUGACAUGCAUCCUGCAGUCCUCGUUGCGCAGGAAGACGAUGCAAAUCACAUUGGAGGCAGUUACAUCGUCAUUCAAAAGUAUUUGCAUGACCUCAAAGCCUGGAAGACGCUCUCCACAGAGCAGCAGGAAGCAAUUAUCGGCAGGACGAAAAUGGAUAACAUCGAGCUAGAUGAUGCGGACGCAGAUCAACAGAAAGCACAUAAGACACUGACCACCAUCGAAGAUGAAGACGGUAACGAGCAAAGUAUUCUGCGAGACAAUAUGCCCUUCGGCUCACCAGGAUCAGGCGAGUUUGGCACGUACUUUAUUGGUUACUCUAGGCGUCUCUGGGUAAUUGAGCGCAUGUUGGAGAAUAUGUUUAUUGGGAAUCCUCCUGGCUUGCAUGAUCGGAUUUUGGACUUUUCGCGGCCAGUGACUGGCACUACUUUUUUUGCACCUGCUGCAAGUGUACUAAGUAAAUUGGGCUAA